GUCCAAGGCUAUGAAUUCUGAAGACUUGCAUUGAUCUUAUCCUAUGAAAUGUACUGUAUCAAAUACUGUGCACAUUAAAAGGUAAACUAGGAGGAAGCAUUGAAUUUGACACUGGGAUCAUUGUUUGGGAAAUAGGCUUGCAUGACAACCACGCAUCUGGCAACAAACAACCUGAUUUUUACCCGAAAUCUUUUGGACAUCAGAGCAACCUAGAGGGAGUCAGAAAAGGAGGUGCAUAUGAUGGGGGUCCCAGUGACGGGCAGGAGGGACAAUGGGAGGCUGAGUUAAAUACUCUGGUGCAUUCUUCUUCCCAUCACUCUGAGCCUCUACAGGACAUCUCCAACCUCAGCAGAGAAAGGGGAAUCUACAUUGCCAAGAUGCCAGAGCAAGUACAAGAGAAGCGAAAGUCGAAGAUCUCGGCCUCCCGUAAGCUCAUGCUAAAGAGCUUAAUGGUGGCCAAGGCGAAGGAGGAGAUUGAGCAGGAGAUUGUGGAUAAAGAGGAGGAGAAGGAGAGGUAUCUGGCAGAGAGAGCACCCACCUUACAGACCGGUGGCAUGUCCUUUGCUGAGCUCCAGGAGUUAUGUCAGGAGUUACAUGCCAAGGUUGACGUGGUGGAUGAGGAGCGAUAUGACAUUGAAGCCAAAGUCAUGCACAACACCAGAGAGAUCAAGGACCUGAACAUCAAAGUUUUGGAUCUGAGGGGGAAGUUCAAGCGGCCCAGCCUGAGGAGGGUAAGGGUCUCUGCUGAUGCCAUCUUGCGCUCCCUCCUGGGCUCCAAACACAAGGUCUCCAUGGACCUUCGGGCAAACCUCAAGUCAGUCAAGAAGGAGGACACAGAGAAGGAGAAGACAGUGGAGGUGAGUGACUGGAGGAAGAACGUGGAAGCCAUGUCUGGCAUGGAGGGAAGGAAGAAGAUGUUUGACGCAGCCAAAGGCACCCCUCAGUAGACAGAGAGGAGAAUACUCUAAAUGUUUCCUUCAUUUCUAUUCAUCCUGAACAUUCAAAAUGUGUUAAUGGUUUAAAGUCUCGUUUCAGUGGCACUA